AUGACUAAUUCUACUGAUUUAAUGCAAUUAUAUAUUUUAUUAUCAUAUGAAAAGUUACAACGUUCAACAAUAAGCCAACAUCAACGUCCGAUAGAAGCUUCAUUACGUAAUCGUUUAUUAGUUUGGCGUUUUUUAAAAAAAAUCGAAAAUGAGCCAAUUACAACGAUAAAUUAUGAACAAGAAUUUUUUACAAAUAAUUCUGAUAAUAAUACUUUAGAAGAUGAUAAUUCCUGGAUACUUGAUUUAAAUACAAAUUUUCAUGAUGAUAUGGAUAUUGAAAAUGAUUUAGUAAAUGUUGUAAGUAAUAAUGAAAUAAAUAGUAUUAAUAAUUCUACAUGUGAAACAAUGAAUAUUGAUCAAACAUCCGAUAUAAAUCUAUUAUUAAAACGUGCAAUUGGUGCUGAAAGAAGACAAAAACCAUUAACAGAUAAUUUAUAUUUCAACGAAGAUAAUAAUAAUAAUGAUAAUAAUACAAAUCUUCCUCAGAUAUCUCAAUCAAAUACAUUUGAAGAAAGUGAACAAUUUUUUCAUGAUCUCUGUGCUGAAUUAACAAAUACAACAGCAGCACUUGUAUCAUCAUCAACUACAAAUAUAUUAAAUUUUUCUUCAUCAGCAGAGCAAACACUUAUACAUUAA